GACCGCCUCCCUCCCGUCUGGCGGCUGGUUAGCCAGAAGGCGGGGCUUCGCGACUCGGCGGGGCGUGGCCAGGCGAUGGCGACCGCGGAUCCCGACGGGCAUGCUGCGCCCUCUAUCCCGGGACCCCGGCCCAGCGGGACGGGAGCUGCGGGGCUGCCCUCCGGGCGAAGCGGCAUUGGAGCCCCCCGGUUGGGAGAGCGGAUCCCGGCGGCUGUGGAGAAGCGGGGCCCGUACAUGGUGGCGCGUGCGCCUUCCAUUCAGGCCAAGCUGAAGAAACACCGGGACCUGGCCAAGGCGGUUCUGCGGAGAAAAGGCAUGCUGGGGGCCGCGCCGAACCGCCCCGACUCUUCAGGGAAAAGGUCAGUGAAGUUUAACAAGGGCUACACCGCUCUUAGUCAGAGUCCAGAUGAAAACCUGGUGUCCCUCGACUCUGACAGUGAUGGAGAGCUGGAAUCCAGAUACUCCUCCGGGUAUUCCUCUGCAGAGCAGGUGAACCAGGAUGUGAGCCGGCAGCUGCUCCAGGACGGGUAUCACUUGGAUGAGAUUCCAGAUGAUGAGGACUUGGACCUAAUUCCCCCCAAGCCUAUGACCUCAACAUGCUCCUGCUGCUGGUGCUGUCUUGGGGCCUCUUCGUCCUGUACCCUCCAGUAGACAUAACCCUCUAGGACAGGUCCUGCUCACCAUGCCUGCAGAGUCCUAUUGACCCUGCGUUGGUCACAGAGUGCAGUGGGAACCCACUGCUGUCAACCCCAGGAUCACUGGAGACACUGACCCUCUGGGAAAGGCAGUGACUGCAGUUACCCCAAACCUGGUGCUUCUCAGGCCAGAGGCCCCCAUCUGGGUCAUAGGGUGACAGGUGGAAUUCUGCAGUUCUCUGCUGUUGGAGUAGCAUUUGGAGAAACUGCUUUAAUAAGGGCAGGAACACAGGAAUUCUGUUUCUUAUGCUGAGGGACAAAAUUGGUGAAGAGAAACUUGCAGACUU